UCAAACUCCGUGCACAUGUGACUAUGAUGGCAAUGCCACAAUAUUAAAGGGAACUCUGUUCAGCAAAUGUAGGAAAAACCCGCAAGCAAGAAAAUGGUUACAGCACCAUGUAACAGAGUUGAUCAGUGUCUCCUCAUAGUCUCAUGCCUCGGUUUCAUCGUCACGCUCCACCACCUCCUAUCCCUCUCCGCAUGGAUCUUCCGAACCUGUUUCCGAUCCAAGAAGAACCUAAUCCGAACUUACGGUUCCUGGGCUGUGGUCACCGGAGCCACCGACGGCAUCGGAAAGGCCUUCGCCUGCCAGCUGGCAGAGCGAGGGCUCAACCUCAUCCUCGUCAGCAGAACCCUGCAGAAGCUGGAAGCCGUUGCGCGUGAAAUCAAGGCCAAGAAUCCGAACGCGCGCGUGAAGGUGGUGGCGAUGGACUUCGCGAGCGGGGAUCUGUCGGAGGGGCUGCGGCGCGUGGAGGAGGCGAGUGAGGGGCUGGAUGUUGGCGUGCUGGUGAACAACGUGGGAGUGACGUAUCCGAAGGCGAUGUUUUUCGACGAAGUGGAGGAGAGUGUGUGGACGAAGAUUGUUAGAGUUAACGUGGAAGGAACAACGAAAGUAACGAAAUGUGUUCUGCGUGGGAUGUUGGAAAGAAGAAAGGGAGCGAUCGUUAACAUCGGUUCCGGUGCUACAGCGGUUCUCCCUUCUCAUCCUCUCUUCACGGUGUACGCUGCCACCAAGGCUUACGUGGACCAAUUUUCAAGAUCCCUAUACGUAGAGUAUGGACAAUACGGGAUACAUGUGCAAUGUCAGGUACCACUGUACGUUGCAACGAAGAUGGUGUCGAAGGUGGCUUUUAUAGAUAAAGAUUCAGUUUUUAUACCAACGGCGGAAGCUUAUGCAAGAGCUGCAAUCGGUGAAAUUGGCUAUAAACCAAAGUGCAUACCUUAUUGGGCUCACUCCGUUCAGGGCUUCUUCUCAAACUUCAUCCCUGAUCCUCUGCUUGAUGCUUGGCGAUUCUCCGUCGGUAUUCGCCGCCGGAAUAACCAAAAAUCCUUCACGUCGGAUGUCAGAUCUACUUUGAAGGCUAUAAAAUAAUUUUCAAAGUGAUGGGUCACAUUAAUUCCGACACCAUAAUUGAACCUAUCAAAAGUUUUAUGUGUUGCAGCUGAUGCACAUUAUUCCGAAUUUCCCAUUCCAAAAAGCGACUAACUUUAGCCUUUGUUUAUGUAGCACUUGAUUUGUAGUUGAAGUUGAAGUUGAUUUGAAAGGAAAGGUUAAGUUUGGUUUGGUUGAUUUAAUUUUUGUCCAUUUGGGAGAUAAAACGAUGGUCCCCAGAUUUCAGUUUCACCACAAUGAAUUCGUUCUGCAAAAGUUAUGUUGAUAUGUAAAAGUAA